UUCUGCAGAGGCACGCCUAGAGUCUCUUCAUGCUCAGCGGCCCGCGCGCGCGCCAGCUGCAGCAAGGACUCGCUGCUUGUACGGCCAUGGGCCUGGAAGAUCGGCACCUCAAAGAUGGGGGGCCCCACUUGUGGCUCCCAGCGGAAGAAAAAACACGCGGGGCGUGCUGCCGCCGGCGGGCCCCCGGCCCAAAACUCUCCAGGGCCCCCGCGCCGCCGAGCCGCGCGGCAGCGCUGCAUCGGCCUGCGAGGCAGCGGCGCGGCGACGAGGAGGCGGCCGCCGAGAGGGGGCGCCGGGCUCCCUGGGCGUUGCGCCAAUGGGGGGACGAUCAAUCCGUCGGGACCGUCCCUCUGGAGCGAGUGGCGGCCCUCAGUCGUCGAACAGCCCGCCCUUGGUCUUCUUCUUGCUGCCCAGGUCGUCGUCGCCGAACCUGGCGAGCACUCUCUCCACGGUGGCGGGGCGCCAGAGGCGGCGAAACGCUCUGCGCAGCAGGAAAGGUAGAGGAUCGAGGUGUUUCGGCACAGCUGCGCACUGCUCCCUCGACAUCCCCAGGCCGAGCAGACUCGCGCGUGGUAACGAAAGCCAGAUAUGGGCCCGAUUGGCCACGCCUCCUCGUCCUCCUCACAAUCUGCACUGGAAGCAAGGAUACUCAGCCACGAAACAAGCAAACCGCCUGUGACAUUCACAAACUCUGGCAGCGAACGGUGUGCUGAAGGCAGGACAUCGGCUGAGAUAUCCCCACACUCUGCGAGUCUGAGUGUUAGUCUCGGUGUGGCUGGAAUCUGAGUAUGAG